GGUUGUGCUGUUCGUUGCCUUUUCCUCCUAAAUAACAAACGUGUCGUUUUCUCAUCCAUCUACAUACAUACACAUAAACAUACAUACAAAUGUACAUACAUACGCAUGCACAUAUAAACAUAUAUAUCGGCAUAUACAAACGUUGUAGUGCAAAAGGAUGUUGAAGCGAAAAAAAUAUGAAAAAAUAUUGAAACAGUAAAGAUGGACAUUGAAAAGUGUAAAAAACAAAAAAAAAACAUUUGUUGUUGCAAAAAAAUUAUAUACAUAUGUGUGUGUUGUAUUUAAAAGUUUAAGCAAUAGUUUUGUAGAAAAUACUGCUGUGUGCAGCAAGUGAAGAGACAAACAAUACGAAAGUGAAGACUUUGAUUUAGUAAAAUUUAUGGACUUUCGAAAAUCUCAAACGAAAUUGCGAACAUUUUUCAAAAUUGGGCGCAGAAAGUGAUUUUUUUGGACACACACAAACAGGCAACGGACAUGGGGCGGGCCCAGAGUGAACAGAGAACACGCACCUGCGAGUAAAGGAAAGUGAGAGAGAGAGAGCAAAGUAAAAAAAAAAUAAAAACGCGAGGCAUAAAAAGGAGGAAAAUGCACGAAAUUAAAGGCGGCAGCAGGCUUGGGAACGAAAAGCAGUGAUAAAAGUGUUGAAGAAAGAAACAAAGCACUAUAAUUAUGAUACAGCAAAACUAAGCGAAAUCGUAGUAAUAGUUCAGUGAGUAAACUAAAAUAAUUGCGGUGUGUGAAAGUAAGUUUAAAGCAAAACUAAAAGCAGCUAAAAAUGCUGACGAAAAAACUAUUUAACCAAAUUUUAAGUGUUGUCGGAAAUUGGCAAAUAAAAAAGCGCGAACAACACGCCGAACAGCAACAACAUUUAUGUUAAAAAUAAAAAUAAAAAAUUGCGAACUCAAAAAAAAAUUAUUAAAUUAAAAACGAAAACGACAAAAAUAUUAAAAACAAUAAAAUAUUGAAAAACAGAUUUGAAAUUGUGUGUAUAAGAAAAGCAGAAAUAAGUGUAAAAUGCAGCUAAAAACUCGCACCGAAAAAAUCGCUUCAACUAAAUAAAUAAAAAAAUAUGAAUAUUGAAAAUUUGCGCGAAGAAAGGCUGAAAUUGAGAUUAUUUCUAUUAUAUAGAAACGAUUGGCAGCGCAAACUGUAAACAAAAUUAUAGAAAAAAAUUUAAUUAAUUAAAAACAGCAAGUGUCAUUUGCAGCUAACGCUUGCGCCGCAUCGACGUUUUCAUUAAAUGGCGAUUACAUAAGAUCAAAGUAGUUAAAUUAAACAAAUAUUAUGCAAAGUAAAGAGUAAACAAAUUAUUGCUCUAAAAUUUUACAAAAAAUCACGCACACAUUCAUAAAAAUAUAUAUUAGCAUAACGGAAUAAAUAAUUAGAAAAUAAUUAUUGUCAAAUUUCAUACAAAACUAGCGUUUAAAUAGCUGUAAAUUAGGUCACGUUAGCAGUAAACAAAAAGAGAAAAAGUAUUACAACAAAAAUAUACAAACAAAAAAGUCAUAAGCAAAUAAUUUCCAUGGCAACUUUGUGUAAUUCAGCGCAUUUACGGUAAACACAAUAUUUACAUUGCUGAUUGUGAGGUGAAAUUAAUUGAUAGCACAUAAAUUUAAAAUAACAAAAAACAGAAAUUAAUUAAUAUUUAAAAAAGCAAAUACGAAAACACAAAAAAAAAAAACAUUUACAAUAACAUAAAAAAAUACACACAAAAUAAAUAAUAAAAAAACUUCUCAAUGUCCCUCUAUGGAAAUCCUCGCAUUUAAAGUUUAAUACCACAAAAAAAGAAGUUCCCUAAAAUAAGACAAAAACUACCGAAAUCAGCAGCAACGUACACGCACACAUACAUAUAAGCAUAAACGAAAGCAUUCAGCGAAACCACAAUAAAAGAAUUCAUUAAUCAAGUAAUCAAGUGUUUUUCGAAGUCAUUAAACCAAAAAAAAAAGUUCAAGAUCGACGCAUUUUGCUUAGGCGUUCAUAAAACGAAAAAGUAAUUGUAUGAAAAAUCGUGUAACUAAAAUAAAACUCGUUCAAUAAUUGCAUUAAUAUAUUAUAAAAUCGCCUACAUUUUAGGAUUAUAUUGAAAUAUGAUUGUCUGUUACAAAUAACGGUGUUGUGUGAAGUAGGAUUAGAGUAUAUCAAAUAGCAACUAGAAUUUUGAAGAUUUUGCAGCUGAGCAGCAGGCACGCAAAGAAGACGAGAAGAGUUUACACCCACUGCAGUUCAUCAUGGUACAGAUCACUGCCAUAACUAAUCAAUAAUUGCGCUAAUAUUAAACAGAAGAUAUCCAAAGUGUACUAACAUAAGUCAUCAUAAUAACCAAGAACCAAAACCAAAAUACUAUUUAAAACAGCCAUCAACAUUCCUAAUAUAAACAUUUAAUAUAUAACCACUGAUUGCUAUUCCAAGUAAUAAACUGGAUCAUUGGUAUUUUUAAGUCUAAGCGUCAAGAAUAAUCUACACUUGCAACAGCACAAAUUAGUUAUAAACAAAACUUACGGAAACCUAAACUGUAAGCCGGAGCAGCAGCAUAAAACUCUUGGGUUGUAAUUUAAGUAAACAAAAAAGGAACUCCGAAGAAUAUAUAAAAAUAACGCUAAGUAUAAUUUACUAAAAAUGAAUUCGAAAUAAAAGUAACAAACUGAAAGUGGAGAGAAUUAAUAAAUAUUUCAAUACUCGCCAUAAAACUUAGGCAGCUAUAAGCAGUACAAUAUCGUACCAAAUACAGUAGCAACGCGAAUUUUAUUUUAUGCAGCACUGAGACACACAUCAACGCACUAAAGCUGCAACAGGAAGUGAAAGCUUGUUUUGCGAAAUCAACAAAGCUCUGCCACUAACUGCAAGGAAGUCAAUCGAGGUUAAAUCUGCGCAAAUGCGUAAAAAUGGUGUCGAUCGAGGACGAAGACGAUCACAAACGCCAUAAUGUGAGUAAAAGCGCCAAAAAUGCAACGCUGCGAAAGCUUAGCGCAGAAAACGGUGAAAGUGCGAAGCCUAGAAUAAGGAAAAGUAGCAGAAGUAGCAGCAACAACAAACGCAAUGUCACUUAUUUGCAUUUUUUACGCAAAACUCGUAGAAAAAGCAACAAGCACAGCUUUAAAGCAACCUCGCCUACCACAAAUGCACGAAAAUGGCAAGCGUUAAGCGCAUAUUUGCAAAAGCUGCUGGUCGCGCAUAAGAGGAGCUACAGCGUGGCUGCGUCAAGCUUUCACCACGCGAAAAGUUUAGAGAACUUGCAUUUAAGUGAAAGCUCUGCCGCAAAAUGCAUAAGCAAUAUGAGUAUAUGGAACAAUCACUUGAGUUUAGAAGAUGCGAAAGACAGUGAUGAAAUGAAGCGAGUAUAUGGCAUGGCGCGUAGCAAGAGUGCGUCGAGCUUAAGCAGUAAAAGUAGCAGCACUUCGCAGCCACAAUCGAGUUGUAGUGGUGAAAUUGACAGUCCCGUGAAAGCUGAAGGAAAGCACAGCGGCAAUCAGAGCGGGAAAAACUGUUACAAUGCUGGCCAUAAGCGCUGCAGAAUCGACUGGCCUGACAAAAACCACAACUAUAUAAUUAUAAGCAAUAACCAUGAACCAAAUGGCAGCUAUAUUAGAAGGCCGCAAUUAACCGAAAGACUGUGCACACGCAAAAAAAGACGCUUGCGGCGGCGUCGAAAAAGAAAGGACACUCAUCGUGCAGAAAACCUAAUUCAUUGUCUAGACGUAGCUAGCGAGCAACAGCUAGUAAACACAUCUUCAUCAAUAGUAUCGACACUUAACGCACAACAGGAAUCACAACAAACUUCAACUGAUUCACAAGCACAACCAACAACAAUAGCGACAGCCACAGCGCCAACGCCAGCAAGCACAAAUCACAACAUGCUCGAGAGCAUGUCAGCAACCGCUGAGUUAUUGUCGUUGGCAAAAAUAACUGCAGCGCAAAAGUAUAUGUCGCCAGCUAGCGAGACACUUCCAAAACUUAGCAAUUCUCUUAAGCACCGCAAUAAAAGUUGCUGUAGCAGCAAUGCAACUACUGUGCAACAGCAAGCAAAGAGAGGCAAUAAAGGUGCAACAAUAAAAGCCACGCCGUCAGCUUCAUCGGCAGCACUCGCCGCAACGCCUGCCAUACGCUUGCCGGCAUUUUAUGCAGCCACCACGUUGCGCCUCUUCUUAACCGCAUUGACAACACUGAUUGCCAGCACAACACCCACGACGUUCACAGCCACGAAAUACUCAUGGAUAUUUUUGUGGAUAUAUGUGAAUUUAACUGCUAGAGUUGGUCUAGCAGGAUAUCAUGAAAAGAGACUGCUACAUGAUCUAUUAGAUCCUUAUAAUACUCUAGAGCGUCCGGUUUUAAACGAGUCGGAUCCAUUACAAUUAAGCUUUGGUUUAACUUUAAUGCAAAUUAUCGAUGUGGAUGAGAAGAAUCAGUUGCUCGUCACGAAUGUUUGGCUGAAAUUGGAGUGGAAUGACAUGAAUCUCCGUUGGAAUACAUCCGAUUAUGGUGGCGUUAAAGAUUUACGCAUACCGCCGCAUCGGAUAUGGAAACCGGAUGUGCUGAUGUACAACAGCGCUGACGAGGGUUUCGAUGGCACAUAUCAAACGAAUGUGGUGGUGCGCAAUAACGGUUCGUGCUUAUAUGUGCCGCCGGGCAUAUUCAAGUCCACAUGCAAAAUCGACAUCACGUGGUUUCCAUUCGAUGAUCAGCGCUGCGAAAUGAAAUUCGGCAGUUGGACAUACGAUGGAUUUCAGCUGGACUUGCAAUUACAAGAUGAAACUGGCGGUGAUAUCAGCAGUUACGUGCUCAACGGCGAGUGGGAACUAUUGGGUGUUCCUGGCAAGCGUAACGAGAUCUACUACAACUGCUGUCCCGAACCAUAUAUCGACAUCACCUUCGCGAUCAUCAUUCGUCGUCGCACGUUGUACUAUUUUUUUAAUUUGAUCAUACCGUGCGUGCUGAUCGCAUCGAUGGCGCUGCUGGGCUUCACGCUGCCACCGGAUUCGGGAGAAAAACUAUCGCUGGGUGUUACUAUUCUGCUUUCGCUCACCGUCUUCCUCAACAUGGUGGCUGAAACAAUGCCAGCCACGUCCGAUGCCGUGCCACUGUUAGGUACAUAUUUCAAUUGCAUAAUGUUUAUGGUAGCUUCAUCCGUUGUGUCAACGAUUUUAAUAUUAAAUUAUCAUCAUCGAAAUGCUGAUACGCACGAAAUGUCCGAAUGGAUACGCAUCGUAUUUUUAUGUUGGCUGCCAUGGAUUCUACGCAUGAGUCGUCCUGGUAGGCCCCUGAUACUGGAAUUCCCCACGACACCGUGCUCGGACACAUCAUCGGAACGGAAGCAUCAGAUAUUGUCCGAUGUUGAACUGAAGGAGCGCUCUUCGAAAUCGCUGCUCGCCAACGUUCUGGACAUCGACGAUGAUUUCCGACACAACUGCCGCCCGAUGACGCCCGGCGGCACUUUGCCCCACAAUCCCGCAUUCUAUCGCACCGUUUAUGGUCAAGGCGAUGACGGCAGCAUCGGUCCGAUCGGUAGCACCCGCAUGCCGGAUGCCGUUACGCAUCACACUUGCAUCAAAUCAGCAACGGAAUAUGAACUAGGUUUAAUUUUGAAGGAAAUUCGCUUUAUAACCGAUCAGCUACGCAAAGAAGACGAGGAAAAUGACAUUGCCAAUGAUUGGAAAUUCGCAGCUAUGGUCGUUGACAGACUGUGCCUUAUCAUAUUCACAAUGUUCACAAUAUUAGCCACAAUAGCUGUACUACUAUCAGCACCACAUAUUAUUGUCUCGUAGCCAUAUGAGCGAGUUACAGCGCUGAACAAAUAUUGAAAGCUGCUCAUAAACACUUCUUAUAAACUAAAAAUAUUAUUGAAGGCAGCAAGCUCUCCGAAAUCUAGCAGGUGGCAUGAACACUACCGAGGAAAGGUGAAUGAUUUACAAUGAAAUUUUAUUGUCGUGCUUAAUGAUUGAUUUCUAAUUUGGAAAUUAAACAGGUGUAUAUGUAUAUGUUUAAUUAUUUUAAUUUUUUUUUGUAUUUUAUUAAUAAUAAUAACUUUAAAAGUAAAUUGUUUAUAAAUAAGUGAGAUGUAUUUUAAUUAUUAUUUUAAUGAUUACAUCUAUCGAAGGUUGCAUUAAAAAUUUACAAAUAUUUUAUUUUCGAAAACCUUGCAAGUCAUCAAACAUUUUUUAGUAUGAAUUCGCAAAUUGUGUUCCUUAUUUAAAAGACUUUAACAACACUUUCUACAGUUACGAAAUAUAUUUGCAUGUGGUCACCUUAAAAACACUGACUUAGCUUAUUUAACUAAUUCUUAACCCUUGUACGAUUCCUUGCUUUCAUAUGAGUGAACUGGCCAAAAGCGUUGGCUUUCACCAUCAUUCCAAAUUCUGAUAAGGAACAGCAACCCAGCAGCAUAUUGGGAAAGAGUGUGAGGAUAAAACGUGGAAAAUAUAAAAUUUGUUCGAGACUGCAACAUGGAAACAGAAGACUUGUCACAUGGUUGCGCUGAAAGAUAUGUUUUCCAAAACUUGCAACACUAGAAGAAAAUUGUUUUAAUAUUAUUAUAAUAAUAAUAUAUUUUAUUGUUUGUUAUAAAGCAAAAUGUUAUAAAAAUAGUUCGGCAUAUGUAUUUA